UUGAUGGCAGAGAGGAGAUGCGGCCAUCCGGCUGUGCCGAUGAACACGAGGGUCUCGCUGUCGGAUGAAUCAUUGAGAGUCGGCACGAUUGCCACUUACACCUGCGAUCCCGGCUACGAGCUCUUUGGAUCCAACAAUACGAUCUGCAACAGUCGUGGAAAAUGGCAGGGAGAGCUACCAGCUUGCGGUGUGAACGUCGGCUACCGAAAACCGGCCAACCAGUCGACGACGGUGCGAGGGGGUGACGCCAGCCACGCCAACGACGGCGACUUCAGCACCGAGCACGACGGCAAACGAUGCACCGAGACCCAGAAGGAGCACAGCCCCUGGUGGAGAGUCGAUCUGCUCAAGCCCUACGCCGUCAAGGUCGUGAGGGUGACCACCCGAGGCUGUUGCGGUCACCAACCUCUGCAGGACAUCGAGAUUAGAGUCGGCAACAGCAGCGCCGAGCUCCAGAGAAAUCCAUUAUGCGCUUGGUUCCCCGGAACGAUCGAGGAGGGCAUGACUAAGACGUUCACGUGUGCUCGUGCGUUGAUCGGUCAGUACGUCUACCUGCAGCUGGUCGGCGUCGAGAGCAGCCUCAGCAUCUGCGAAGUCGAGGUCUUUGCCACGGAUGAGUUCUCGGUGGACAAGUGCGCCCAGGCCGGUACCGCAGCCGACGCCGAUCUGGCCGCCUUCAACUCGACCUGCUACGAGUUCGCGUUCGGCGGCAAGACGUUCCAGGCGGCGCGGAGCUACUGCCAGUCGCGCGGCGGCGAUCUCGUGCACGGCUUCAUCAAGGGAGCCGCGACGACUUUCGUGACCAACAAUCUGGAACGGCGCAAGAGCAAACUGAAGACGACGUUCGUCUGGAUCGGCGCCCAGAAGGAGCCGUCCACCGCACCGACGCCCUGGAAGUGGGUCGACGGCGAGGUGAUACAGAAACCGCAGUGGGCAGCCGACCAGCCGAAUAAUUACAAUCGAGAGCAGAACUGCGUCGUGUUCGACGGUGGACGCUCCUGGCUCUGGAACGACGUCGGCUGCAAUCUCGACUAUCUUCACUGGAUCUGCCAGAGCAAGCCUUCUGUCUGCGGCAGUCCCGAGAAGUCCGAGAACACGACGAUCUUGAGCACGAAUCGGAAGAUCGGUUCGACCAUCGAGUACGCUUGUCCCGACGGCCACAUGCUCAUUGGCUCGAAGAAUCGAACUUGCGAGUCCAGUGGAUUUUGGAGCGGUUCGCCGCCAACCUGUAAAUUCGUGGACUGCGGAGAGCUCGAGUCGCCGGAACACGGACGAGUCAAGUUGCUGAACGGCCGGACGACCCACGGAGCGAUAGUCGAGUACAAAUGCGAGGAAAAUUACACUCUCGUUGGCGACACGGCUAGAAAGUGUGGCGACGGCGGCAUCUGGAGCGGCCAUCAGCCCCAGUGUUUGUUCGACUGGUGUCCCGAACCACCGGAGAUCAAAGGUGGCUUGGUAUCGUUCAGCGGCAAACGCACCGGCUCCAAGGCGACCUACACCUGUCAAAAAGGCUUCGUCCUGUUCGGCGACAACGUACUCACUUGCGAUAUCGGAGGUCAGUGGUCGGGCAAACGGCCGGAAUGCCGUUACGUGGACUGCGGCUCACCCGCCCAACUGAGCCACGGCCAGGCCCAGCUGCUGAACGGCACGACGAGCGUCGGCAGCGUCGUCGAGUACAGCUGCGACGAGGACUACUGGGUCGACGGCAAGCCCGUGCAGGAGUGCACGCGCGAGGGCAAGUGGAGCCACCCGAGCCCCAGCUGCGAGCUCAUCACCUGCGAGGAGCCCGAGGUGCCCAACGGCAGCUACGUAGUCGGCUACGACCUCUACGUGCACAGCACCAUCGAGUACCACUGCGAGGAGGGCUACCUGCUGAGGGGACAGGCCAAGCACACCUGCGACAAGAACGGCGAGUGGACCGGCCAGUUGCCCCAUUGCCAGUUCAUCGACUGCGGCAAGGUGCUGCCCGUGCCCAACGGCUCGGUGGACUACGUCAACGGCACGACCUACCUCAACAGCGAGAUCGCCUACAGCUGCGCCAAGAAUUACCGGCUGAACGGCAGCUCGAGGCGCUACUGCCUCGACAACGGCAUCUGGAGCGACGCGACGCCCAAGUGCGAGGAGAUCCGCUGCCUCGAGCCGACCCUGGCCAAGCACGGCAUCCUGUCGCUGACGGGCAACGAUCGCAUGUACGGCAGGACCCUCAUCAGGACGGGCACCGCCGAGAACUCCAACACCGGGGCCACCUCCUACAAGAUCGGCGCCCUGGCCAAGUACCGCUGCGAGCGCGGCUACAAGGUCGUCGGUGACUCGCUCUCCACCUGCGAGGAGAACGGCAAGUGGAGCGGUGACGUGCCCCAGUGCGUCUACGUGGACUGCGGCAAGCCCGAGGAAAUCCAGCACGGCAGGUACACGCUGACGUCGAACGUCACGUAUUACGGCGCCGCGGCCCUGUACGAGUGCGACGUGAACUACGAGCUCGAUGGCUUCGCCAGGAGACAGUGCCUGGAGAACGCGACCUGGAGCAGCGAGCCACCCCUCUGCAAGGAGAUCAAGUGCAAGGAGCCCGAUAAGAUCGGUAUGGCCAGCGCUCAGGUGUCGACCUACAGCGUCGGCGGUGUCGCUCAUUACAAUUGCCCGCGCGGCUACAUAAUGGAGGGCAACGCCACGAGGAUCUGCCAACAGAACGGUUCCUGGAGCGGCUCGUCGCCCUCGUGUUUCGCUGUCGAUUGUAAACACCCGCCACUGAUCGAGAACGGCCGAGUCAUCGUCGUGAACGGGACGACGACCUUCGGAGGCGCCGCCGAAUAUCAUUGCCUGCCGCAGUUCGAGAGAUCGGGCCUCUUCCUCAGAAAGUGCCUCGAUACUGGAUUGUGGAGCGGCGAGGAACCAAAGUGCAUCGAAUCCACGCACGAGAUGGCCGAGGUUCAGGGUGUCGGCACUAGUGUCGGAAUCUCCGCUGCCAUCAUCAUCGUCAUACUCAUAAUCAUCGGUAUAGUCUAUCUCAGGCUACGCAAAGCUACACCGGUGAAGAACACGGAAAACGUCCAGGCGGCCGAGCGCAAAGAGGACCAGAACGCCGCGGUCAUGUCGUACGCGACCCUCAACGACGGCACCACGACGACCAUGUACGAGAACGUCCCGGAGGACGGCCUCUACGACAAUCCCUACAGCAUGACCGGUAGCACCUACGGCUACGGCACCAACGGCCGGAGGACUUACAACAACGGCCGCUCGGCGGGUCACUACGAGGCCGAGCCGGUCAAUCGCAACGGCAUCACCAUCAACGGCGUCGCGGUCAGAUAG